UACUAAUAAUUUUAAAGUGAUCCAGUUGGUAACAGUAAUAGUAGCAGAAGGCUUUCAAUAUUGACGCACAUUGACGCUUAUUGAGAAUCCUGUAAUCGUCGAAGACUAACAAAAUUGUAUUGUCAAAUUCAAAGUGAUUUUCACGAGAUAAAAUAUAUUAUUAUAUAUUCUAAAAACAAUGUCAGAGACGAUAAUAGACGAAAGAGUAACCGAUGAAAUCGAAGCAUUAAAAGCAAUUUUGCUUGAUGAUGAGUUAAAUAUAAAGGAAAAUGAUAGAGGUGAACCAGAAUAUAUUGAGACUGUGUUAUUUCCUUCAACUGGUGAAGAUUCACAGUCUCAAUAUGUUUGUGUAACAUUGAUUGUUCAAUUACCUGUAGGAUAUCCUGAUAUAUCACCUACUAUUAAUCUCAGAAAUCCAAGAGGUUUAGAUGAAAAUACUGUGAGACUUAUGCAAUCAGAUGCAGAGGCAAAAUGUAAGAAUUUCAUAGGUCAACCAGUUAUGUUUGAACUCAUUGAGUUGAUAAGAGAACACCUUACAAGAAGUAAUCUUCCAACGGAUCAAUGUGCCAUAUGCUUAUAUGGUUUUCGAGAAGGAGAUGAAUUUACAAAAACUGAAUGCUAUCAUUAUUUUCACUCCCACUGUUUAGCAGCACAUGUUGCUGCUGCAGAACGAUAUUACAGAGAGGAGCAAGAAAAAUUGCCUCAAUGGCAACAAGAUACUACUAAUAAAUUUCAGGCUAUAUGUCCUGUAUGUCGAGAAUCCAUCAAUUGUGAUGUAGAAAGUUUAUGGUCUGCUCCACCUCCAAUUGAUGUUGAAGCUGCUAUCGAUUUUUCAGUAACUGCAGAAUUGAGAGAAUUACAAAAGCAGAUGGCAGCAUUAUUUUUAAGGCAACAAGAAAGGGGUGGUAUAAUUGAUUUAGAAGCUGAAGGCGUAAAGACAUUAGUUAGAACAGAAGAUGAAUCUGGUACUACAACUGAAGGACCCAAUCCUCCAGGAACUAGUGUAAAUACUUACUCAGUGCAAUCUGUUAAUCAGAUGUCAAAACAAUCUUCACAUCAAACUCAAAAUGCUCACUAUCAAUCAAGACAACUACAUCAUAAUUAUCAUGGACAUAAUAAUCAUGGACAUCGAAAUAGAGGUCGUGGACGAGCUCAUUAUCGUCGACAAUUUGACAGACUUAGGCAAACGGAAUCUACUCCCAGAUGACAAUGGGUUCGAGAUAAAUUAUUUACUGUCUGGUCUCCUAUUUUGCUAAAUGUAUACAAUAAUAUGAAUAGCAUUAGUAGCAUAAUUAUGUAUGUAUUAUAUAACAAUUAUUUAAUUUUAAAUUACUUUUAUAUUAUGAUAUUAUAGGUUUUAUUGUUCAACAACAUUCCCGUUGUAACGUAAUGGCGUAUAAAAUGGGAUAUGUUAAAACUUCCAAGGACUGUCUGUGUAGACUGAAGCCAUGGUGCUCUUUUAAACGAUCUACAAUCGUACAAAGUUAGUUCUUUUUUUUAGUAUAAAUAUGUAUACAGAGCUGUAAGUACUGUAGCAUAUUAUAAACAAAUAAAAAAAAAUAUACGCAAUCAAAAUAGUAUAUUAAAAAUAUUUUAUACUAGCAAUUUAAAAUUUAAUGAUCUCAAAGCAUAAAAAUAAUAUGUAUUGCUUCUAAAUUAAUAAUUUUUAAAUUUAACAUAAUUUAUAAUACUCAUUUUCAUGUAAAAAUUUAUUAAUAAUAUAGAUCGUGCUAUAUAACAGAGCAGACAUGGAUCAGUAUUUAAACAGAUAUUUGUUUAUUCCUUUUAAAGGAAUCAAAAUUUAAUUUUUGCUCUAUGCAUACAAAAGCAAUGUAAAUCCUUAGUAAAAAUAUGUAAUGCUAUUAUAUAUCAAAUUUAACAUAUGAAAUAUACCUUUCAAGAGUUGA